AUGAGCGCCCCUCCUUUAGAAGUGCUCCUCUACGGGCUGGGAGCAAUCGGCUCCUUUUAUGCAUUCAUAUUGAGCCGUAGCGAGAACGUCCGCCUCACCGUUGUUGCCCGGUCUAAUUAUGAUGCCGUCAAGGCGAAUGGAAUCAAGAUCACAAGCCAAAACCAUGGCGUACACCAUUCGCGCCCCCACAAAGUGGUAAAAACAGCUGCCGAGGCAGGCCAUAAGUUCGACUACAUUGUCUGCGCACACAAAGCCAUCGACCAGUCCAGCGUGCCUCCGCAGAUUGAGCCUGGUGUUGAUGAAAAGAGGACAACAAUAGUAAUCAUUCAGAAUGGAGUUGGUAAUGAGGAACCAUUUCGCAAUACCUUCCCCACCACAACCAUCUUAUCAUGCGUGACAUGGGUCGGCGCACGCCAACCACAACCUGGCAUAAUUACGCACACCAAGUCCGAGGAUAUGCAAAUCGGAUUAUACCCAAAUGAAACCGCUGAGCAAGCCCAGGAGACUGCACGCCUCGACCAGUUCGCGUCGCUGUUGACUACUGGGAAAACAGUAUUCCAAAUUGUGCCCAACAUCCAAGUGCAGCGGUGGGAAAAGGUAGUGUGGAACGCUGCAUGGAAUCCAUUGACUACGCUCACGCUCAUGGACACGCAUUCUUGGCUCAGUUCGUCCGAAGACUCGACGCCGAUGACGAAAAACGUGAUGAAGGAAGUCAUCGAUGUCGCCAGGGCUCUCGAUGUACCGAUUGAGUAUGAGUUGAUAGACAGGCUUUUUGCGAGAAUUUUGAGUAUGCCGCCUAUUGGGAGCAGUAUGCGAGCGGACUACGAGAACGGAAACCCUAUGGAGGUGGACAUCAUCCUAGGUUACCCUGUAAGAAAGGGUAGAGAGCUAGGUAUUAAUGUGGCCACAAUCGAGACACUGUACGUCAUCCUCACAGCCGUUAACAAGCGGCUCACGAGUACAAAGGAGUAG